GUGGUAUAUGAAUAGUUUAGAGUUCAGCACCACACAAAAUAAUAGCAACCUGCAACAUCCAGUUAGUUUUUGUAUUUUAACACCUUUAAAAAUGUUUUGAGUACACCUUAAAAAUAAUGCAGAAAGUAAAAAUAUUUUAGCGAUCUCGUAUGCAAUCUUACAAAGAUUUAUACUAUACGAAAUGUUACUUAAUGGAUCCGUAAAUAAUCAGUUUUGAGUUCAAUACAAUAUAAAUUCAAUAAAUAAAUUAAUAUAAAUUCAAUAAAUAAAUUAAUUAUAUUCAAAAAGUAAUAAACUUAGGCGCUCAUCAUGAGAAUGUUUGUAUUAGAUAUACUAAUACUAGUUUUCGUAGUAGCUAUGGCAGAAGAUCAAAGGGAUCCAGUCGCCGAUCAGAUUCUAAUUUUCAAGGAUAACACAGAGGGUCCUAUAGGUGUGUUAACUACAAAAGCUGGCGCCCCUGUACCAUAUCAUGAAGCGACAAAUACGCUAAAUACCGAAUUAAUAGAUAAUGAAUUUUUUAUGGACGUUCUUGAUGCACUAUCGCGAGAAAGAAUCCCAGAACGUGUUGUACAUGCAAAAGGCACCGGAGCAUUCGGUUAUUUUAAAGUAACACAUGAUAUCUCACAUAUAUGUAAAGCUGACUUUCUAAAGAAAGUAGGAAUGAAGACACCAGUGGCAGUGAGAUUUUCAACAGCAGUAGGAAACAAAGGAAGUUCUGACUUAGCACUGGAUUUUCGAGGCUUUGCAGUGAAGUUUUACACUCACGAAGGAAAUUUUGACAUAGCUGGAUUUAACACGCCGAUGUAUUUAUAUAAUGAACCAUUACAUAUUCAACCUGUUAUUCAUGCAGCAAGAAGAAAUCCAGCGACGAACAUUUUGGAUCCUAAUAUGUUAUGGGACUUAUUAACUUUAGUUCCUGAGACUAUACACAUAACGUUAUUGGUGUUUUCCGGCCGUGGUCUUCCAGCCAGCUACCGAAAUAUGCCCGGCUUUGGAAUUCAUACGUAUCAGGUUGAAAAUAAGUACGGAGAGCCACAUUAUGCCCGAUUUCAUUUUAUCCCUGAUGGAGGUAUAGAAAACUUAUCAUCGGAGAAAGCUCUAAAUCUUACCGCUUUAGAGCCUGAUUACUUAACAAAAGAUUUAUACAGAGCAAUUGGGAAUGGGGAUUUUCCUUCUUGGACAGUUAGUGUACAGAUCUUAACCAAAGAAGACAUAAAAAAGACUGGAACUAAAAUGUUUGACUCUACAAGAGUAAUUCCUUUAAAAGAAUUCCCUUUACAUGAAAUUGGAAAACUAGUUUUAAACAGAAAUGCUAAAAAUUUCUUCGCGGAAAUAGAACAGUUGGCUUUUUGUCCAGGUAAUCUAGUACCUGGUAUACUAGGAAGUCCAGAUAAAUUAUUUCAGGCGCGUCGACUGGCUUAUAGAGAUACCCAAUUAUACCGCUUAGGGGGAAAUUUCAAGAAAAUUCCAGUGAAUUGUCCAUUCCAAACCAAGGUUUAUACUUAUAAUAGAGACGGUGUCCCUCCAGUUGGAGAUAAUGAAGAAGACGCUCCGAACUACUAUCCUAAUUCAUUUAACGGUCCUGCACCCUAUAUGGCACAGCAAAGUUCACGUUUAAUCAAAAUUGUUGAAAAAAGAGCAUAUAACUUUGACCAAGCUGCAGAGUUAUAUGAAAACGAACUGACAACUGAAGAGCGAACUGAAUUAAUUAAAAACCUAGUCUUUUCGUUAGGACCCGUGACUAAAUUUCUUCAAGAUAGAGCGAUUAAGAUCUUUACAACCAUACAUAAAGAUUUAGGCUUUCGUGUUGCACGGGGAUUGAAUAGUACAACAAUGUAUUAUAAGUCUUGAAUAAUAAUAAAUUCUUAAAGCACCUGAUUUAAAAUAUUUUAUGCUAUAAAUUCACUUGAAGAACUUUAUAUCAUCAUUA